AUGUUUUUUUUUUUUUCCUCAGCUGCACCAUCUACGGACUCAGAAAACUCUCCAACACCAAUGACAAAAAAAGCCUUGAUCUAUCUAUCUAUCUAUCUAUCUAUCUAUCUAUCUAUAUUUUGGUCAUAUGAUUAUUCUUUUAUUAUUCUCUCUGUUUAUUCUUACAUUUCUUCACUAUUUUUAUUCUCCUCCCAUAUUCUCCUUAUUUUUAUGUUUAUUCUCUCUUUUUAUACUCCCCUUUCUUCUUACCCUCCUCUCUCUUUAUGCAAGACCUUCUUCCCUCUCCUUCCUUUCUCUUUCAGUUUACCUUGCUUCUCUCUGUUCUCUUUAUUUUUUAUUUUCCCCUCUCUUUUCUUCAGUCUUUUCUUCUCUCUACACAUUCUUAUCUUUCUCCAUACUCUCUCCCACUCACUCUAUUCUGUCAUUACACUUACCUUCUCUCUCUCCUUCUACUCCCUCUUUACACUUAGACGCUUUUCUUUAUUCUUCUUUAUCGUUCUCUUUACAUUGCAUCUUUUCUUUUUAGCCUUCUCCUUUCCUGUGUAUUCCUUUUUCUCUCGCUUAUUUUUCUUCUUUCUCUUCAGCUUUCUCUGA